CGGUUUCCAUGGUUGCUUCAGCUUUGCAGGGGGUUGCCCCGCGGCGGGUUCUGAGAGCCCAAGAGAUCGAAAUCUUUGUAGUCUCGAGAGACUGUUCCCUCUUUUCUCGGCAACAAGGGCUCGGGUGAUCUGACUCGCACAGCCCGGGAUGGGAAAGCAUCAUAGUUCGUCAAAGAGCCCCGAGCCCGCGGGGCCGCCGCUCUCCCUCCUACCCUUGCUCUCGGCCGGGAGACCGGACUGGCCUCGGCCAUCAGUGAGGUGGCCUCAGCCGAGGCUCCCGAAUCCAGCCCUGCGGCUCCGGCUCGCGGCUCGCGGCGGCUUUCGCAAGAGCAGCCCUCGGCGCCGCGGGGCGCCCCCUCCGCUUCUGCUUCCUCGUCUGCGGGGCGCGGCCGCCUCUCGCGCCGCUGCCGGAGCGACGAGCCGAGACCUAGCCUCCUGGACUGGGACUGGGAGGAGCUCUGAUGAACAUACACCAGUAGAGGAUGAAGAGCCAAAGAAAAGCACCGCUUCAGCUUCUACUUCAGAAGACGACAAGAAGAAGAAGAAGUCUACUCAUUCAAACGAAAGGUCCAAGAAAAGGAGGAAGAAAAAAUCAUCUAAAAGAAAACACAGGAAAUAUUCUGACGAUAGUGACAGUGACUCUGAUUCUGAAACAGACUCCAGUGCCUGACAGUUUCACAUGAGGAAGACAGCUUAAAGAAAUCCAAGGUCUCACUGCUUCUUUUCAAUGAUUCAUUAAUCUGGAAUAUUCAUCAGGGGAAUCCCUUUUGCUUCCAGCAGCACUAAACCAAAAGGUUCCCUUUUAGUGUUUAGUCAUCAGGAACCAGGGUUCUCUCAAGGAUGCUGAAUGAGACAAAAUACAUUUGAAGACAUGACUGUCACUUCUUAGCUGGGAAGACACAAUAAUAUGGCCUCUGUGGUGGGGGGAGGGGAGAAAAGGGAGAAGAGCCUCUUUCUGGCGUUGAUGGCAUCUCCUCUUGUGUUUACUUUGAAGCAGCAGUUCCUUUGGGCCAGAAUGGUUUCCAUUCCCCUAUAUGCUCCGCAAGAAGGGAGAGCAGUGAACAGAAUUUGGAGCAUCUAGAAGAAAACUAGGUGAGUGUUUGGAUGCCAACUUCGGAUAAAGCCCUAUGAAUAGUGGGCUUCUUAAGAAGAUUCCUGAGAGUCCAGGAUUGUGCCUGAGCUUCUCAUCAUGGAGCUCGACCAUGUCUUGCAACAUAUUGUUCUCUCAGUAGGGACCUUCCCCACCCUGUCUUGUACAUGUAUGUAUCUGAGAAGUGCAGGGCCUAUUGACAGUGAGUUAGGGAUGUCACCUCAUGAAAAGAGACCACCUUGAUAUUCCUUAGCGAUUCUUACCCAUACCCCACUUGGCACACAAAAACAAGUAUACGAGGGAAUUCACAUCUUUACUGAAAGUACGAAAAUGUGCCUUAUAAAAACACGAUGCAGUUUGCAUUUAUUCACUUCAUUUGUCAGGCCUUUGGUGAACUGCUCUUGAUGAUGUGCUAUGAAGAAUCUGAAUCUGGUGGAAAAACAUUUUGGAAAAACUGUCACCCUGGAAGAAAGUAUAUCUAUAUACACUUACAUAGAUAGACAGGCAGCACAGGUGUAGGAAAAGUGGUUCUAUUUUUUUCCCCCUUGGGAACUCAUGUUCCCAUUGGUAAUGGGCAAUUUCCACAAGUUGGAAUUUACUCAUCCCGUUUACUACCCAUUAAAGCCCCCAAAGUUUAAAACUUAUUUUCCAAUCAUGUAUA